AUGCCGGGCACAGCAAGGCAUGACCGAGAGAUGGCAAUCCAGGCCAAAAGAAACCUUUCCAAAACCACUGACCCCGUAGAAAGACUUCGCCUGCAGUGUUUAGCAAGGGGAUCUGCAGGCAUUAAAGGACUUGGCAGAGUAUUUCGGAUCAUGGAUGAUGACAACAGCAGGACCCUUGAUUUCAAAGAGUUUGUGAAAGGAUUAAAUGAUUAUGCUGUGAUGAUAGACAAGGAAGAAGCACAAGAGAUUUUCCGGAUAUUUGAUAAAGAUGGCAGUGGAACAAUUGAUUUUGAUGAAUUUCUUGUUACGCUGAGACCUCCCAUGUCGAAUGCAAGAAAAGAGAUCAUCAUGCAGGCAUUUAGGAAGUUAGAUAAGAGUGGAGAUGGUGUCAUAACAAUUGAAGACUUACGGGGGGUGUAUAACGCAAAGCAUCAUCCCAAAUACCAAAAUGGAGACUGGACAGAAGAUCAAGUUUUUAGGGCCUUUCUAGAUAAUUUUGAUUCACCCUAUGACAAAGAUGGGAAGGUCACAACAGAAGAAUUCAUGAACUACUAUGCAGGAGUCAGCGCUUCAAUAGACACUGAUGUCUAUUUUAUCAUCAUGAUGAAGAAUGCUUGGAAACUCUGA